AUGGCACCGCUGCUGAGUCCAUCAGUGGAAGGAGAGGAACUAUAUUUGUACCUAGCGGUAACCCCAUAUGCUGUGAGCUCAGCAUUGAUAAGAGAGGAAGAUAAAGUCCAAAGACCUGUGUAUUAUACAAGCAAGGCAUUGAAAGGAGCGGAAGGACGAUAUCCACAAAUGGAGAAGUUGGCCUUCGCACUAAUCACAGCUUCAAGGAAGCUGAGGCAUUAUUUCCAAGCACAUGUCAUUAUUGUUAUGACAGAUCAUCCUCUCAAAAAGGCAAUGAAUAGACUGGAAGCUGCAGGGCGAUUAAUCCAGUGGGCUGUGGAGCUAAGUGAGUUCGAUAUCAGGUAUCAACCAAGGCAUGCCAUAAAAGCUCAAGCCCUAGCAGAUUUUAUUGCAGAGUUUACCCCAAGUCAUAAUGAGGCAGAGGACAGCAAGAGAUGGAUCGUCCACGUGGAUGGUUCGUCUACACGGCAUGCAGGAGGAAUUGGUGUGGUCCUGCAGUCCCCAGAGGGAGACAAACUGAAACAUAAAGUCCGUCUACAGUACCAAGCGACAAACAAUGAAGUCGAAUAUGAAGCCCUCCUCAAAGGGCUAGAAUUGGCGAGGUCCGUGGAAGCCAAGUCCAUAUGUGUCAUGGGGGAUUCCCAACUGAUCAUGGGGCAAGUGAAUGGGAUGCAUGAAGUGAAGGAAGGACGAAUGAAGAAAUACCUUGGUAGGGUGAUGCGCCUUGUGAAAAGGUUUGAAAAAGCUGACUUCGUUCAAAUCCCUAGGGAGGAGAACGUGGAAGCUGAUACUAUAGCAAAAGAGGCCUCAACAGAUGAAUCAUUAGAGAAGUCAGAUGAAGUUCAGUAUAUGCCGAGUAUAGAUGCCCAAGAAGUACAGCAGGUGGAUAACAGAGAAAAUUGGAUGACUCCCAUUAUAUCAUAUUUGAAAGACGGACGACUACCAGAAGAAAAGGACGAGGCCAGAAAGGUGAGGGUGAGAUCAGCUAGAUACGUUCUUAUGAAUGAAGUGCUAUACAAGAGAGGUUUCUCUCAACCUUACCUUAGGUGCCUAGCUCCGGACGAAGCGAACUACGUGCUGAGAGAAGUUCACGAAGGGGCAUGUGGCAAUCACUCAAGAGCCAGAUCACUUGUCCACAAGGUCGUCCGUGCAGGAUAUUACUGGCCGAACAUGCAAGCUGAUGCAAAAGCAUACGUUAAAGUCUGCGACCAGUGCCAGCGAUUUAGCAAUGUCCCCAGGCAACCAUCGGAAUACCUCACCCCAAUGGUAGCACCGUGGCCCUUCGCACAAUGGGGAUUGGACAUUUUGGGUCCCUUCCCUUUGGGAGUAAGGCAGAUGAAGACCACAGUGAGGACCCCUACAGGGGAGACCCCUUUCAAGUUAGCCUAUGGAAGCGAUGCAGUCAUACCUGCAGAAGUGCAUAUGGCUAAUCACAGGGUGAUGACGUAUCAAGACAAGGAUAAUGAGGACCAGCUUCGUCUGAACCUCGAUCUAAUAGACGAGUUUGAAACUAUGAUUUACUUUUUAUAG